AUGAAUGAAGGGUUUGUGCGUGUUUAUAAGCAAUUGUAUGCCGAGCUUGAGUACCUGAUAAAAUUAUUAGAAUUGCCAACCCAGAAAGGAUUUCCAGUGAAAGAGAAUUCUGAAAGAAUAAGUAAGCUUAUUCAGCUCCAUCAAAUGGUAAAGAACACGAUGACAGAAUAUGAUGAGAUUUUCAACAAGACAGUUAAAUUUCAUUACAUUAAAAAAGAACUGGAAUGUCUAUCAAUAUCAGGAGAACUGGAUAUUCCUGAAAUAUGUGAGGACCUUGAAAAUAUGCAUCAUUCUAAAGUCUACCUUGUGAAUGUUCAGGAGAAACAUGCACAUAUCAGACAGCUAUACAAACUGCUUAUUACCCAGGGAGUGGAUAUCUUGUCUGCAGUGCAGCAAGCUAAUUGCUUGAAUGUUUCUGUAAAGAAUCUGAAGCAAGAACUUGCUGGAUUUGAGUGUGAUAGUAUUAACUGGAGCUCCAAAGCCAGUAAAUAUGAAGAACAACUGUCACAGUAUUUCCAACGCUGCACCACUCAAGAGGAGAUAAAUGAGCUCAAAGAAUCAUUUAAGGAUCUCAAAAAGAAAUUCAACAAUUUGAAGUUUAACUAUACAAAGAAAACGGAAAAAGCUCGAAAUUUGAAAGUACUUAAAAUACAGAUUCAGCAAGUUGAUACAUAUGCAGAGAAAAUACAGAUUCUUAAAACGAAGAUGGAUAAUUUAGAGAAGAAAGUCAUUGGCUCUGUAGCAAAUGAACCUAAUGCUAAACUUAGAGUCCUCUUGGGGUCAAUCAGUGACUUACAAAAACAGCUGAAUGACUUUAGCAGCGUUGUGGAGGAUUACAAGCAAAAUCUGGAUCUCGUGGAGCAUCUGCAACAGAUGAUGGAAGAGUGUCAAUUUUGGUUUAAAGAUAUGAGUGCAACAGUCAUUAGAGUUGGCAAGUAUUCUGCAGAAUGCGAAACAAGAGAAGCAAUAGAGACUCUCUACAAACAAUUCAAUAAGUUCAUUGAGCCUGCAGUGCCUCAACAGGAAGAAAAAAUUCAGCAGAUUAUGGACCUUGCUAAACAGUUGUAUGGUACUGAAGAAGGAAAGAAGUAUGUUGAAAAAGCUAUAUUAAAGUAUAAAGAAAUCACUAACUCUAUUGAUGAGUUAUGUAGAUCUCUCAGAGAACACAAGGAGUUUAAGAAAGGUGAAUUUUCUGAAAAGUUGGUUACUGUUCAAAAAGAAGAAAGAAAUAGUCAAGAAGCGUGUGAGGCUGUUAUUAAAGACAAAGCAGAGGAACAAAAGCAGCAGAUGGCAUUAGAAUCGGAUAAAUUGCUUACGAAUUCAGGAAGCAUUACUGAGAAGAGAAUCAAUACUCUGUCUCCUACCAAUGCUAAACAGGAGAGGAAUAAAUUGGGUGAUAUUCCAAUUAUCUGUCCAGCUGGUGAGGAUCUUGUUGCACAGGAUACAGAGCUGUCAUCUUCAGCCAAAGAGGAUAGUUUACAGAAUGAAUUCCUGGCAGAAGAAGUACCCUCCGGAGAUGAAUAUGAGUGUAUAUCACCUGAUGAUAUCUCUUUGCCACCGCUUUCUGAAACACCAGAAUCCAACCUCCUACAUUCUGAAACAGAGCUAGAAGAGCAGUGCUGCUGUAGUGCUCAUAGUCUGCAUGUCAGUUCCUGCAGCUUGCAAAUGCAGAAAACCACUAGUAUUAAGAAUGUGAUGAGUGCAUCUGAUCUCUUAACAAAUUCUGCUUAUGCUGAUGCUACAAAUAAUAAAGUGGAAAGCCCAUCAGAUCAGUUUGAAAAGUUUUGUAUCUUUUCAACAGAUUCUGGUCCAAAAGUCAGACCAGUACCUCCUUUGACUCGUAGCUUACAAGGAAUAUCUGAAGCUAGCACUGCUUCCUGCAGUAUAAAUGCCAAACCAGUAUGUAGCAUGAUGAGUGAAGUGUGCAAAACACAUUUGCAACACCUUGAAAUUUGUAAAAGCAUGGCAGAAACACAAGAACAAUUGCAUGACUUGAAUAACUGUUCUAAAACCCAGGACAGGCUGCAUGCUUUGCCUGCUGCAUUCUCAGGUUUCGUGUUUCAAUCAGACACCACCAGAAGCUGUCAGAGCCAGAUGGUCACCCGAGAAGAGAUUAAAAGUUCAUCAGAAAAGAACAGCAUGGCCAGCCUAACUGGACAGGCGCCUAACUUCUCCCAGCUUCUGUCUAAUAAAACCGUCAUGGAAGGUUCUCCGGUAACUUUGGAAGUAGAAGUAACAGGAUUCCCUGAGCCUACACUGACAUGGUACAAGAAGGGCCAGAAACUGACUGCAGAUGAGCACUUAAAGCUUUUACAAAAGGAGACAAAGCAUACUUUGUUCAUUCAGAAGGUGUGUGAUAAAGAUGCUGGCCUCUAUGUUGUUCGGGCUAAAAAUUUGAACGGCACUAUCUCGUCAAGUGCCAUUCUCCACGUGAAAGGUAACAGGCCGCUUAUUACAAGAAUAGACUGGAUAACGCUGUGUGUCAUGUAUGUUAGCAUAUCACUAAUGUACUGGAUAUUCACAACCCAUUACAAACAUACAGUGAAGAACCUAUGUAAGCAAGCUGACUUGCACAAGUGGUGCAUUAGGCGUUACUGUGUGAUAGAGGAGUCAAUGAGGAGAGAUGCUAUGCUGGGCCUUGUUCUCACCAACAAGAAGGAGCUGAUGUGUGAAGCUCAAGGGCAGCCUUGGCUGCAGUGGCCAUAA